CAGUUGACUUAUUUGCUCUUUUUUGUUUGACUUAUAUCUAAAUAGAUUAUUGCAACAAUAAAUUUAGAUAUAUUUUACUUGUAUAAUGUAAUGAUUCAAUGAGUAAUUUUAUAAAUUGUUGCUUAUAGCAUUGCAUCUUUCGGACUACAAUGACAAGUAUGCCAGGGUAGGUCAGUACAUCAGUAGGCCUACAUUUAAGUUUGAAACGACCUGGUUCUAUGAACCUUACUUUAAGAACUUGUUGAAUUCUAUUAUAAAUAGCUGAAAUCAUUUAAACUAGAUUUUUUAAUGUAAAAUUUUAAAUUUAAAAUAAUUACAAUCCGUUUCUAUUGAGGUUAACGAGAGGAAUUUCUGAUAAAAAACCAUUGCAAUUUCUUUUCAGAAUAUUUCCUUCCUUUUAUUAAAUGCUCUAACUCUAUAUCAACUUAACUUUUGUUCGUGGCUGACAAACUUUUCGGGUGGCUAACUGAUCUAUUUCACGUCAACCUGAAACGUGGCACAUAGACUCGAUGCCAAUUACGACACAUUUUUUUUUUUUUAAUAUAUAUAUUUCUGCUGCACCCCCUAACUCAAACCCUCAGAAAUCUUUUUUUCUCUUUUUUUUCUAGGAAAAGAUGANUCUGCUUUUGUAUAUAGCUUUCCAAGUCACAGACAUGGGAGCCCGCAGAAAACUUUGUAGGGGGGAGGGGGGGGACAAAAAAAUCAAUUAACUUUCUAGGGUGGUGGCAAAAAUUUUUUAGUAAUGUUUUAAUGUAGUUUUAAUUUACUGUAGCGUAUUUGUAUGGUGAACGAACGGACAGGACAUCAGCUUAGUUACUUUCUCUUUAUUUUCUCUUUACUUUAAUAAAAAUGUUUGUCUAAAUUUUUUUAUCCAAUCAAUCCAGAGGGGGGGGGGGCAAAGUGCCCCACCUUGCCCCUACCUGCGGGCGCCCAUGAUUUCAAGCAAUACAAUUAUCGAUAACUACGCUAAAAUGAGACUCUUUUUUUUUAAAAAUAAAUGUCAAAGGUGCGUUCAUUUUCUUUUGUUUUUCUGAAAUAGUUGGUGAACUAAAUCUGCGGUGUAAAAUGGUUGGGUCAUUAGAAUUUUUAAUACAGUUCAGGUUCGUGAAAGAACAUUGCGGUUGGGAGGUGUUGCUUUUAUAGGGGGGCACCAAUUGGGAUUCUUAUACUGUACGUCACGUGUUUUCAACUUUACAGCCCCCGACGCGUCUCCCCCCCCUUCCUGCCCCCAAAAUUACAUCAUGUCAUAAAGGAUUUAUACAAGAAAUCUUGUUUUUAGGGGUUGUUCCAUUCAGUUUUGCAGCGGCUGUUUACUAGUUAACUAGCUCUGUGUAUGAUUUUAUUUCAUUUUAAUAAUAAGAUAUUUUUUAAAAGUAGUAGAGUAUAUUUUUUUACUAUGAAUAUUGUUUAUAUUUGUUUUAAAGUAAAUACAUUAAUGUCAAUUUUCAUUUAAUGUGAAUUUAUACAUUCUUUCCAAGAAAUAUACAGGAAAAAGUUGAUUGAAUCGAAAACAAAAUCCCAACAUGCUAACCAAACCGGAACUAGCCUGUGCCAUCGUUGAAGGUAUAGCAUCUGUGAGAGAAGAUGAAGAACUCCAGGAUUUCGUUGUUGAAGUACAGGGUACAGAAUUUAAAUGUCAUCGUCUGAUACUCAGCGCAUGUUCUGAAUUUUUCCGUGGCCUUCUCAGAUCUGGGAUGAAAGAGGCGCAGAAACAAAGAACAAAACUUCAGGGCGUCUCUAUGGAUGCAUUCGGCGCCAUUUUAGAAACUCUCUACACCGGAUGUGACAAUCUGACACGUGACAACAUGUUAAAUGUAUGGCUGGCUGCAGAUCAACUUCAAAUAACAGUUGUCUUUGAUAAUUGCGUAGAUUUUAUAACAAACAAUAUUUGCAAUGAUACUGUGAUCUCGGUAUGGAUGGUAGCAUCUCAACUUAUGCACAAACAUAUCUCAGGACUUUGUGAAACGUUUCUUAUCAACAACACAUCGUUGCAAAACUGGGAAAGUAUUUAUUUGACAGCGAACAAAUUAGGAUCAGAUUUAAUUUUGUCACAUGUUAGAGAUUUUAUCAAGAAAAAAUAUCAAGAAAUCAUUAAAUCUGAUGAGUUUCCAUGUCUUUGUGAAAAUGAUUUACUUGAAAUUAUAAAAAGUCCAGAUCUGGUUGUAUCUUCCGAGGAUGUUGUCAUUGAGUCUGUUCUAUAUUGGGUCAAUUGUGGAAUUCAACGUCGAUCUGAGUCGAUUGCAGAAGAUUUCAUUGAGGAUGUAAGCAGUAUUUUAAAUAUAAUUGAACAUAAUGGAAAUGAACAAGAUGGCCCAGGAGAGGAUAUGAGACAACUUUCACAGGAUCAGCUGAUUGAAGAAAACAAUGAAAUGUGUUCAAGCAGACAAACAUACUCAAAGGAAGCUACCAUGAAUUCUUUUGCACUCCUUCUUUCAGAAACACGACUCUGUCUUGUAAACUCAGUAACUCUAGACAAGCUGUACCGUCACCCUUUAGUAGUGGAUAACAAAAUAAAAACAAAAGAAAUGGUCAUGGAUGCUGCUUUAUAUAAAUCAAUCGGACCUCAGCAUGGUCAGUGGCCAAAAGGAGCUAUACAUAGAAGGUGUAGUGACUUAGAAAAUGUUGGAGUGAUGGGUUGUCCAAGUGGAGGUUUUUAUGCACUUUCUUUUUACCCUACAUAUAAUUGCUUUGAACUUCCAAAAUGUCCGUAUCUGAAAACAUGCACUUCUGUUAAAUUGAUUGCUUUUAUGAUUGAUGUUUUUGCAAUCGGUGAUGCACUUUGGAACAGUAGCUUAUGUGUGUUAGUACAAAAUGAAUGGCGUGAAGUCAAGAGACUAUUCGGUACAGGAUGGCUGGGUGUUGCUGUUGAAGAAUUCAUCUAUUUAAUUAAUUCUACUAGUCAACAAAUUCAAAGAUUUGAUCCAAGACUUGGGAAUUGUUUACUUGAGGACUUGAUUUCUUUUCCCACACAGGAUAAAAUAGAACAUGUUUGUCCAUUUGAUUUACUCAUACUCACAUUUUGUUCAGAAGUUGUAAAAGGCUUAGACGAGACAGCUGUACAUUGUCUUGACACCAGGUCUCAAACAUGGACAAGACUUGACAGCCUGGAAGGAUCAGCCAAACACUUGGUCAGUUUCAGAAAAGAGAAACAGUUAUAUAUUCUUCAAGCUGACGGCAACCUGUGGGAAAUUAACCAUGACGAAUGCAAAGGUGUAAAUCUUAAGUCGGUUGGAGUUCUUUGGCUAGGGGAUUAUAAAUUGUAUGGCGCCAUCUGCUAUAACGAUAUGCUCUAUGUUUAUGGAGCAACAUGUAUUAAUGACAAAUUAGUGCCACAAUAUUUGUUUUCACAUAUUGUUACGAUUGGUAAUCAGGUCAACUGUUCAAAUAUUGUACCUGCUGUACUAAAAAAGUCCAUUUUUGCUAAACUCUAGCCUAGAGAACACAUGUUUAAUCUCACCAGUAAUAUAGCUGAAAUUAUUACCGCCCGGCAAGUGACAAUAUUUUUGCCGCCCCCUUCCACAAAACAAACUUGCACUUUGUCGAAUAUGUCGGCCCUCUACAUCAAGAAACACAGUUGCUGUCAGGCCCCCCCUCCGCACCACCUUCAUGCACCACUGAAAUUCAUUUUUAUUUCUGUACUUUUAGGUGUCUCAAAACAACUGUUAGAAUAAUCUUGAUAUCUCUAGUUUAAUUUUUUUUUAAAAUUUUAAUGUGUAAUUUUGGUAUUAACACAUGCCGCGUAACAUUAGCAAUGAAGCAACUUUUAACAAAUUUAUAAAAUUAGAAAUUUGGCAAAAAAUAUGAUGUAAUGUAAUAUAUUUUUAUCAAAAUGUUUUUUGAAUUUCAUACAUUAAUUAAUAUUUUUAAAUAUGCCCUCAGAGUCAAAAGUAGCCAUUUAAAAAAAUAGUUUAUCUAUAAAGAUACAAAAUACUGCAGCGCGCGUUGUAUCGCGGUGAAGAAAUCUGACCACAUCACUCUAGUUCUACGAGAUAUCCAUUGGGUUCCUGUGAGUGAGCGCAUUAACUACAAAAUUCUGUCCCUGGCGUACAGCUGCAUAGAUGGCCCAGCACCGGAAUAUCUCAAAGAACUGAUAUAUAAACAUGUAUCCUUGAAAAGCCUGCGGUCUUUAACACAGUACAUACUUACAGUUCCUAGUGUGGAUGAACACAGAAAAAAGUCUUACGGAGUGCGCUCUUUUGAAGUGAUAGCGCCAAAGUUAUGGAACAGUUUGCUUCCUUUGAGGGGAAUAGAAAAUGAUAAAAAAAUAAUUUAAGAAACAUUUAAAAAUUUUUUGUUUAAAUAUAUUUCAGAAAACCAGAGCGCAGUGAGCAUGCUAUAGUGGCAUGCAUACCAGCGCGAUAUAAAUAUCAAAAUCAAUCAAUAAACUAAGAAAACUAACACACAAAUUGACCGACUGGCAGAUCAGGCUGAGUAUAUUUCUCCAAACGAAGACCAUAUUCAGUUUACCUUACAUAUGCUGACAGGUGUCACCUCUCAGAUGAGCUACCGUACAAGUUUGCCUAGCCCCAUCUGCACAGAGUGCCGGGUUUUGUCUGCUUUGAACAUUUGGUAAAUCAUCUUAUGGUGCUACACACUUGACCAAACAACUAUUAUCUGACUCUAUUUCAGUAUUUCAGAAUUAAAAAAGAGAAUUACAAUUCGUGUAUUAAAUAAAUACUUACACCAUCUUAUUACAUUUUUUGUAUUUGUGAU